AUGAAAAAGUAUGAAACUGUGGCAUUGACCCAAGAAAGUUACAAGUAUAUGACUAAACUUCCACUAAAGUUGAAAGAUCGUGGAAGUUAUAUUAUUCCAUGUAUUAUAAGGAACACCUACCAAGGACGUGCUCUAUAUGAUUUAGGAGCAAACAUCAAUAUAAUGCCUUCAUAUGUUUUCAAGCAAUUAGCUAUAGGUCCUGCAACGCCCACCACCGUAUCAUUACAGAUGGCUAACAGAUCUCUUGUUAAACUAGAAGGAAAGGUGGAACACCUGCUAGUUAAAGUUGAUAAACUUAUAUUUCCUGCAGACUUCAUCAUCUUGGACUACGAAGGAAAUGUUGACAUUCCUAUCAUACUAGGAAGACCUUUCCUAGCAACUGGUGGAACACUUUUUAAUGUUCAGAAGGGUGAACUCAUCAUGAGAGUCAACGAUGAGGAUGUCAAGUUUAACAUGAUGAAAGCAAUAAAAUUUCAUGACGAUGAGGAGGACAUAGAAGAGUGUUCUGUUGUCUCCACUUUGAAAGUUGUCAUCCUAGUAUAA